AGCAGUUAAUGAGGCUCAUGAUGAUGCAAAACAGAUUGAAGUGAGCAAACCGUGGACUACACUCUUUAAGAACAACCGAGCCCCAUCUCAUGGGAUUAAACUGACUUACGUUCCUCCUAAAGGUAAUUCCUUGGACUUUUCUGAUAGGGUAUUGCCAUCCAUGGUUGAGAUGUGGGGAUAUUGUCUUGUUGGUUACUUCACAGGUCGAUUCCCUGGUCUAAAAGCUAUAUAUGAACUGAAAUCUAAGUGGGGAGUAAUCUGCCAAAUCAAGAGACAUGAUAAGGGUUGGGUGAUUUUUAAAUUCCAAACUGAAGCUGACAGAUUGAAAGUGUUAAAAGAGGGACCCUAUGUCAUAUUUGGCAAGCUACUUAUGUUGAAGGUUCUGUCGGAGGACUUCACAUUUGAUGAUGAAGAGUUCCUUAAAGUGCCGAUUUGGGUCAAAUUCCCACGCCUACCAAUGAAACUUUGGAAUAAAGAAGCCAUGAGUGAGGUAGCCUCUAUGGUCGGGGUGCCACUAACUACGGAUAUGGUCACCCAAGAAAGGAGCAAUCAUAAUUUUGCUAGAGUGCUUAUUGAAGUUGAUGCGUCGAAACCGCCCAUGCUUUCAUUUCCUAUCCGACUGCCUUCCCGAAAGGUAAUCAAUCAAUCGGUGGUUUAUGAAACAUUUCCAAAUUUUUGUUUUCAUUGCAAAAAAUAUGGGCACAACCCCUUUUCUUGCAUAGAGAUUUAUGAGAAGGAAGAAAUGGAAAAAAAGCUACUUGAGAAAGAAGUGAAGAAAACAAAUGAGAUUAGUGUGGUUGAAAGUGAGACCAAGGACACGGCACCCAAUGAGUUUGAGGCAGGGGGUGAAGUCUCCGUUCCUGAAGAUAUUCCUCCUGCUGAGAUUGUAAAAGAGCAUACCCAAGAGGCUUUGACCGAGGCUGCCCAAGCUUCCCAAGAUGCAACGGCUGCCCCAGUUCCAGUUGUAGUUCCAGUUGUCACGCCGAAUAUGGAGAGCUCAGACGAAUAUUCAGAUGAGGUUCCUGAUGAAGUAGAGGAGGAGGAUCUGGAUCAGCUAGAUAGUAAUGAGGUAGUGGAAGUUUAUCGGGAUGGGAAGAUUUUUAAAAUAAGGAAAAAUGCUAAGGUGGAUAGAAGGGGAAUGAUCAGGAGAAUUCCGGGAUUGAGCUGGGAGGAGACACUUGCUAGAUUCAAAAUUGCACCUAAAUGAGCGUUAUUAAUUAAUUUAUUAAUUAAUAAUGUUAGACUUUAUGUGUUGAUGUGACUUUCUGCGUUUGAAUUUUUUUUUUUUUUUUUUUUUUUUUUUUUUUUUUUUGAGAUGGGGUCUGUCCCAUUGCUUUUCCGAUAGGUUUUGUUUAAGCUAGAUAGUUUCUAGCUUAGAUGGACUUGAGUUUGGUCUUGACACAUUGUAAAAUGUUAUUUUUGGGUGUUAAUACAAUUACCUUUCAUCCAAAAA